AUGACUCUGGCAGUCGCUGCGGUAGCAGGAAUGUGGUUUGAACCAUAUAAACACCAGUGCCGUCACUUUUUUGAGGAGGCUCGCCAGCUGGCAAUGCCAGCCCUAUCAACUAGCUACAGAGAACUAUCGGCAUUGGAUGUUCUCUGGACGACCACCAAGCUACACGACCUUCAACUCCAAGUACUGCUCUUGGAAUAUGCCAUAUGGUCAAAGGAGAGCGAAUUAGAGUCCUGGGCAUUCCGACAUAUCUCAUUGCUAUUUGUGCUAGUCUUCCAAUCAUCGCAGGCGUUACCAGCCGCAAUAGUCGAAAAUGUUGAGCUGAAUGCUGUCAACAAAACCAGACUUGACCUUCAAUCCACAGGAGAAGCACCACCUUCUUGGGCGUCAUGGAUCUAUGAUGAAGAACUGAAAAGAACAAUCUUUGCCCUCUACUGCCUUUCGACUAAAGCCUCACACUUCCUGGGCCAUGAGGUCUACGUGCCCAUUAAAGUGGAGGUGCUACGGAUGCCCGCAUCGGACGACCUGUUUAAUGCAUCAAUGGAAGCAGACUGGGAGCAGUGCAGGAAAUGCGAGUCACGGAAGCCAGACCAGAGCAGCCUUAGGGGAGCUUUGCUCGCGAUUACUUAUCUGAGGCCAGACUACGAAAAGACCUACGCUUCCUUAUCCCCUUUUGGGCGUCACAUCUUGCUUUGCGGAAUAACUGCUAAGGCAACGGAAGCAACACGACAGCCCUUGUUAUACGACAGCUUUGACGCCUACGUAGCGUCUGACCUCCCCUCCCUCAAGCUGAAGGACGAUUUUCUCAAGGCACUGAGAGCAUUCCACAGAUUUUUGAGGCCAAAUCCAGCUUGUCUAUCGAUAUACGCGCCUUGUAAUACAAUGGAUAUCCAGAGCCUACUCUUGGUCUGCCAUCUAGAAAUAAGUUUCCUGUAUUCCACCGCCGAGGAUGUAUCCGAGUACAUCUCUGACAACCUCCGAUCUGCCUUUAUAGUUGCACUUCAGCCCUUCUCUGACAUAUCAAAGCAUGGAUAUAUUGAGAUUGCAACUCAGGGUCCUUGGCGACUCGAUAAAGCCAGUUACUAUGCUACUAGAAUCGUAACUCAGGUGAUAAUGAAGUGGAUAACCAAAAUUUGCGCACUAGCCAGCAAGGGGCGUGUUGAGGAAGCGGACAAAGGACUCUACCUCCAAUUGACCAGACUGGUAAUGCAGUCUCCAGGAUUCAACAACGCGGCCGACCUCGAAAUAAACUAUAAUCCGGCCACGGUUGCUAGAGCAAGGUAUGCGCGUAUUUGGAUUAAUUAA